GGUUUGACCUGUUUGGGCGAGAGGUGUGGCGUUCUCCAGUCAAGACACGCUGCGAGUCAUUCCGUUUCGCUGUGCUGUACAGAGAAAACCACUCCCUGAAGAGCAACAUCGCGCAACACAUUUGUCGAGACCGAAGCAAGCCCGCGCCCGAGACGUGCCGUCACUGCCCGCUAACUAGCAGACAAAAUGACCUCAGGUGUGAAUGUGGCUAAGGAGGUGGCCGAUUUGUAUGAUGACAUCAAGUUCAAGAAGACCCUCAAGGUGGCGUUCUUUCGCAUAAGCGACGACAAGAAGUCCAUCAUCGUGGACACGGAAAACCAAGUGAAGUGGAAUCAGGAGGACCCCUACAGCACAUUUGUCAAAAUGCUCCCGGAAGACGAUUGCCGAUACAUCGUGUUCGACGUGUCCUACGUGACCAACGAUUCUGGGGACAAGACGCAGCUGGUUUUCAUCUCUUGCUUGCAGCCGAGGCUUCCCACUCGCGUUUUGGUUCUUCUCGCAGGGCCCCCGAGUCCGCUCCCAUCUCACGCAAGAUGGUUCAUGCCAGCUCCAAAAGCUACAUCAAGAAAGAGUUGGAACUGUCGAACGAGUGGAGUCUAACUGACAAGGCAGAGGCUGGCGACUGGAAAGAUCUGGCCUGCAAGCUGAAAGGGGCUGUGAUUGUGGAGGGGAGGCAGGUGUGAUGUCAAUCAGCUCGACCCGAGCCCCGACCGCAAGUUGUGCACCCCUAAAGUGGAACCUUGUUUGUGACAUGCAAGAAGCCACCCUUCAAUAAAAACCUGUGGCGACGC